AAAGGCUUGGCGCCAGUCUGUGACCUCAUUUCUGCGCGACCCUUAUUUUUUUGGCGUAGAGUUUCCGCGCUGCUCCUGUGAACGAUGCCGAAAGUUGUGUCUCGGUCAGUGGUUUGCUCCGACACCCGGGAUCGGGAGGAGUAUGACGACGGCGAGAAGCCCCUCCACGUCUACUACUGUUUGUGUGGCCAGAUGGUCCUGGUGCUGGACUGUCAGUUAGAGAAAUUGCCCAUGAGGCCCCGGGAUCGCUCCCGCGUGAUUGAUGCUGCCAAACACGCCCACAAGUUUUGUAACACGGAGGACGAGGAGACCAUGUAUCUUCGGAGGCCCGAAGGCAUUGAGCGACAAUACAGGAAGAAGUGUGCAAAGUGUGGACUGCCCCUCUUCUAUCAGUCCCAGCCCAAGAAUGCCCCCGUGACCUUCAUUGUGGAUGGCGCAGUAGUCAAGUUCGGCCAAGGUUUUGGUAAAACGAAUAUCUACACUCAGAAGCAAGAGCCUCCUAAGAAGGUGAUGAUGACCAAACGGACCAAAGACAUGGGCAAGUUCAGCUCCGUUACGGUGUCUACCAUUGAUGAAGAGGAAGAGGAGAUUGAGGCUAGAGAAGUUGCCGACUCGUACGCACAGAAUGCCAAAGUGAUCGAAAAGCAGCUGGAGCGCAAGGGCAUGAGCAAACGGCGACUGCAGGAGCUGGCUGAACUGGAAGCCAAGAAAGCAAAGAUGAAGGGGACCUUGAUUGACAACCAGUUCAAGUGAUCAGGACCUUCCUCUCAGCCCAGACCGGAAGCAGGCAUUUAGACAAGGAGGAAAAAGAACUGUUUCUUGACUCCACAGCCUUGUGGUCACCUUUUAGCCCCAGUGGAAGGCUUUCCAUUACUUCCCAUUGAUUCUUCCUACUUUCGGUGAGGGCUUUGAAUCCAUGUGACCUGCUUUCUAGAGAUGGGUUUUCUAAAUCUUUCUGUAUAUAGGUCUUCUGUACUAUUUUUUGUGCAUUUGAUGUAAACUUCUUCAGCUGUGUGGAAAGUCUGAACACACCAGGGCUUGAGUGUCUCUUGUUUUGAAAGUAGCUCUUCUUAGUCCCUCUUCAAAGCUAAUAAAAUGUUUAUAGAUUUUUUU